GCAUGUGCCGCGGCGGCCGGCAGGCGGCGAUGUGAGCGCUGCGCUUUGGUUCUCAUCCGCGCUUCAAACUGCAGAAGAAGCGGCUGAUUCACAACACUCAGCGCGAUGGAGUCCAGUGAUGCAGGUCGUGGCGGCUGGAAGACUCAUCAGAAGAGUAAACUGAAUGUGAUCAUGAGACAGGAGGAGCUGAUCGCUCAGAAGAAGAGAGAGAUCGAGGCCAGACUGAAAGAACAGGCUCAGCAGAAGCAGAAGCCCGUCCAGAACCAGAACCAGAACCAGAACCUGGACCUGGACCUGGACCAGAACAAAACCAGCAGUUCUCCUCCCUCAGAGGCAUCUUCUUCAUCUUCAUCAUCAUCAUCAUCCUCAUCCUCAUCAAACAAGUUUGUGAACGACGGCAGUUUCCUGCAGCAGUUCCUGAAGAUGCAGCGAGAGAAACCCAGCGCUGAUGAAGGAUCGGCCGGCUCCGCCCCCAGCGCUCAGAGUUCGUCCGCGGCCGGAUCUCAGGCUCAGAAGAGGAGCAUUGUGAUCGGCAAGCGUCCAGGUCUGGGGGUCAGCAGCAUGAUCAAUCAGUUCAAGAACUACUCUCAGUCCAAGAAGACGGCGCUGCCCGCGGCCCGACCCAGUGUGUUCAGUUCACCCGAUGAUGAAGACGAGGAGGGCGAUGAUGCGGACUAUCUGGAGGUCAAAGUUUCCCCCCCAGAGGACGGAGACCUGCGCCUCGUCAUCAACAAGAUGGCCGCGUUCGUCGCCGAAGGCGGUGCUGAGCUGGAGAAGAAGGCCAUGGAGGAAUACAGAGACGAUCCCGUCUUCUCGUUCUUGUUUGAGAAGAACAGUAAGGACUAUCUGUACUACAGGAGGAGAGUGGCGGAGAUCAGACGAGACGCGACGCCUCAGACCGAUGUCUCCUCCUCAGUGGACGACAGCACCAGGAAGGUGGCGGAGAAGCUGGCGCGCUUCGUGGCGGACGGCGGCCCGGAGGUGGAGAUCAUGGCUGCUCAACACAACCGAGACAAUCCAGCCUUCAGUUUCCUGUACGACUAUCAGAGCGCGGCUCAUCGCUUCUAUAAGGCUAAAGUGGACGAGUUCGGUCAGGCCAAGAGCAGCAGCGAAUCUCCCGUCUCACAGGAACACACACACACACACUCCGCCGCCAAGAGGAAGAGGAAGAGCCGCUGGGGGGCCGAGGAUGAUAAAGUGGAGCUGCCCUCACCAGCGCUCGUCAGCCCUGCUGCUCCAGCGACCGGAUCCAACACUCCUGCACUGACAGAUCAGGAGCUGAGCAGUCUGGGAUAUAAGAAGGGGAAGCCGGUCGGUCUGGUGGGUGUGACAGAGCUGUCAGACGAACAGAAGAAACAGCUCAAAGAACAACAGGAAAUGCAGGAGAUGUACGACAUGAUCAUGAAGCACAAGCGUGCGAUGCAGGACAUGCAGCUGUUGUGGGAGAAAACCAUCAAGAACCACCAGCACGAGUACGACAGCGACGAGGAGCUGGACCCCGAGGACGGAACCUGGGAGCAUCGGCUGAGACAGAUGGAGAUGGAGAAGACCCGAGAGUGGGCGGAGCAGCUGACAGAGAUGGGCAAAGGGAAGCACUUCAUUGGUGACUUCCUGCCUCCGGAUGAGCUGGAGAAGUUCAUGGAGACGUUUAAAGCUCUGAAGGAGGGCAGAGACCCAGAUUACUCGGAGUACAAGGAGUUCAAGCUGACGGUGGAGAACAUCGGCUUCAAGAUGCUGAUGAAGAUGGGCUGGAAGGAGGGAGAAGGUCUGGGCUCAGAGGGAAAGGGCAUCAAAAACCCUGUCCACAGAGGCACCACGGCGGUGGACGGCGCAGGCUUCGGUGUGGACCGACCCGCUGAACUCUCCAAGAGUGACGAUGAGUACGAUGCUUUCCGUAAGAGGAUGAUGCUGGCGUAUCGCUUCAGACCGAACCCUCUGAACAAUCCCAGAAGGCCGUACUACUGAACGCCGCAGCAUCUCCUCUGGACCCACUUUUUUUUGUUUUGUCUUUUUUCCUCGUAACAGGUUGAAUUAUGGUGUGCUUUAUUUCAGAAAAUAGACUUUUUUCACCGGAGUUGAUUUUAAUGAGCCGUCACAGAUUUCAGCCCUUCACAUGUUUCUGUUUGUUUCUUUGAAGAUGCUGAUUUAUUAAAAUUUAUUGAAAACCGUAAAAGCCCAUGAUAUAGUCAGCUGCGUGAUAUAAUAUUAACAUCAGUGCAAGUUUUAUGUCUGUUUUACCCGUUGAUGAGCACAGAUAUUAUAAAUGAAAGCCUCUCAGUCGUGCUGGGCUCGUUACAGUCCUGAUUCAGCCGUCUGUCACUGACUCUGUGAGAUCAAUUAAACGCCUGUGCUCUCAGA